AUGCCUUCGCUACUGGGUUACCAAACAACUUCUACGCAGACUGGUCUGAUUAACCUCGAGUCUUGUGAUGAAGAAGAUAUGCUCAAUUCUUGUGAUGAAGAAGAUAUGCUCGAGUCUUGUGAUGAUGAGGAUAUGAAUAAAAACUCAGAAUCUGACAUUGAUCCUUACGACAUUGACGGAUUCUCUCAGUCUACGUUUGAUUCUCAAAGCGGGGGCGAAGUGGAUCCACAUGUUCUCAACAUGAAUGAAUUGUCAGGAACUUCUGAAUCAGAUCUCGAUGAAGCAACAGGCUUUGAGGAUGAAUCUGACUGGACGUGGCUGUCCAGCUGGGUUUCACUCAUGCCAAUCAUGGGUGGAAUUUGGGAUAUAGCAAAACCGGUUCCAGUGACUCGUUCAAAUUGCGAAUUAUGUCGAGCCAACACCAUGCUUGUCGCAUAUUUUUGGAUGGCUAUCCCUGGCUUUGCAUUUGCGUUUUUGGGCGAAGUGCUACGGAUUAGAUGGGAUAUUUCACGAAUCACAAGAAUAGAAAAACGCACAAGUAGCGCGAGUACUCUCAUAGAGGUUCCUUGUGGUAAGGAGAAAAGACACAAGAAGCUAGUCUACUGGCAUCGUAUUUUCACUGAAGCCCUCAUGGUCGCCAACCAACUGGUCUUGUUGGAAUAUUUUCUGGUGGCAAUUCCACUGCUCACGUCGCUACCUGCGCCUUUCAUGACUGCUUGA